AAUGGAGGCUUUAGAAGUUGACGAUAUCAGCCCAGCCUUGGAGGUAACUGAAGACUUCUUUAACACCUUCGAUGCUAAGCUAGAGAGUGUGCCGCCGCCAAAGGUUUACGGGAUUCAGGAGGUUCCAGAACUGGUCGGGCACGAAGGGUUUAACAAGAUCACAGCCUGUGGGGACCUGAGGAACAUCGCUUCUCUGGGGAAGAGCAGCCUCCUUUGGGAACGCUGCCAAAAUGGACUUCUGGAAGCCAAAGCGGAGACGGCGUUUCCCGCCAAAGAGCAUUUUGGUGUUCAACGGGGAACCGUUCCCGACAACCUCUCCUGGAUGGAGCAGAAGGAGGACUCGACUUUUAACAUCUUCAACAUCGGCCAGAGGAGGAGGGACCGGCCCCAUUCUGUGAACGACAUCCUAGUGCAGAGCGAGGAAGCAGCUUUCAAGCCGGGCCAUAACCGGUCACGCUCUGAUAUCAGCCGCGUAGACUGGGGGGUGGUCUUAAAUGGGACCCCUCCACAGCAGCCAUCCAGUCAAGGCAACAGAAACCCAAAGCUUACGUUUAUGCCAGCUGGAUUCCAAAAAGGAGAGGACCUUCAAGGGAACACUGAGCAUAAGCCCGCAUUCUCAAAUAUCCUGAAGAAAGGCUACCUAGAAACGAAGAACCGCCACGAUGGCUACUGGCAGGCCUGUUACGCGGAACUCUCUCCCUGCAAACUAUACCUGUAUCCACUUGACCGAAGCGGCAACCAAACUCUCCCUACAGUCUAUCUGCUUUUGCAUUUCCAAAGCAUCAACGUGGAAACCAAGGUAGUCGACGCGGUCCUCUUUGACAACUCACACCUCCAGCUCAAGGCGGAAUCACCGUGGGAAGCCUUGGACUGGGGGCAGAAACUUUGGGAAGCCGUGCGUUCUUCGGUCCCGUCUUUCCUGAGGCCUCCGGGGGAGGUGGAGAUCUCACAGAAGCUAGACAAUGCUCAGUGUAGCCUCGCUCAGGAUCGCAGCGCGUGGACGGAGCCUUCUGGGCGUUUCCAAGCGACGUCUUCGACCCCGAAUAUCAAAGACUACCAAACCGUUCUCAAAUCAGGGACUCUUUAUAGACUGACGCUCCAGAAUAACUGGAAAGCGUUCCAUUUUGUGCUCAGCCAGGCUUUCCUCAUGGCUUUUCAGCCCGGCGGGUUUGACGAAGACCCCCUGUUGAGCUACAAUAUCGACACGUGCCUCUCGGUCCAGACUGACGUCCUGGAUGAUUGCGACUCAUGCUUUCAGGUGAUCUUUCCUCAAGACGUGCUGCGUCUGCGGGCGGAGACCCGCCAAAGAGCUCAGGAAUGGAUGGAGGCCUUGAAGUGUGGCACCAACGCGGCUAGAAGCGUGGGUUCCAACCUGCAAGUGACGCUCAGAAACAAAGCCCAAGACCCGUCUUGCAGGAAAGAGCUGCAAAGAAUCAAGCGCCAGUCGGUUACCACCAGCUUCCUGAGCAUCCUGACCACCUUGUCUUUGGAAAGAGGGCUGACGGCCCAGAGCUUCAAGUGUGCAGGCUGCCAGCGUUCCAUAGGCCUAUCCAGCGGCAAAGCAAAGGUCUGCAGCUACAGCGGCUGGUAUUACUGCGGCUCCUGCCACGUGGACGACACCUUCCUCAUUCCUGCACGGCUGGUUCAUAACUGGGACACUUCAAAAUACAAGGUAUCGAAGCAAGCCAAAGAGUUCCUGGAAUAUGUGUACGAAGAGCCCUUGAUUGACAUCCAUCAGGAGAACCCGAUGUUGUACAGACACGUUGAGCCGCUGGCAACCGUGGUUCGCCUGAGACAGCAGCUGAAAUCCCUCCGAGCAUAUUUAUUCAGCUGCCGAGCGGCGGUGGCUGAAGACCUGCGAAGGAGAAUUUUCCCCAGAGAAUAUCUUCUCCAGCAGAUCCAUCUGUAUUCCCUUGCAGACCUACAGCAGGUUAUUGAAGGGAAACUGGCCCCUUUCCUUGGGAAGGUAAUCAAGUUUGCCACCUCCCAUGUCUACAGCUGCAGCCUUUGUAGUCAAAAGGGAUUCAUCUGUGAGAUCUGCAACAAUGGAGAGAUCCUCUACCCCUUUGAGGACAUUUCUACAAGCAGGUGUGAGAGCUGCGGUGCAAUUUUCCAUUCCGAAUGCAAGGUGAAGUCUGUCCCGUGCCCCAGGUGCGUGCGGAGGGAGCUGCAGAUGAAGCAGAAGUCUUUUUGGCAAAGGCUGAACUUGGACGAAAGCCUGGGAGAGGCGUGCAACGUGUUCGAACUCUCCUAUCCGAACACUUGA